AUGGACUUCAGUGACCCUGUAAGACGUCUAGGCCUAUUAUGGGACAUCAAACAAGAUGCAUUUACUUACCAAUUGUUUAAUGAUGUGAAACCGUGUACAAGGAGAGGCAUACUAUGUACAGUAAAUAGCAUAUAUGACCCCUUAGGGUUUAUCGCACCUGUUAUACUAGGUGGCAGACUGGUGUUAAAAAAGGCCAUGAACAGCACAGUGGACUGGGACGAGCCUCUACCUGAUAACCUGCACACAGAAUGGGAAAAGUGGAGAAUGUCAUUAUCACAUCUACAGUCACUUAAGAUUCCCAGAAUGUACGCCAAGAUUCAGCAUGCAUGCCAAAGGGAGCUACACACUUUCUGUGAUGCAUCCAAAGAGGCCAUAGGAGUAGCAACGUAUGUCAAGUUGUACGACAAAGCAG